AUAUGUACAUAUUGUGAUUUGAUCAAAAUAUAUAAAAGUAAAAUAUUUAAGUUUUUUUUAGAUUAAAUACUAUUAUUCCAGUAGAAAAUUUUAAAAUUUGUUAAAUAUGAAGUUAUUUACAUACAAUUUUUUGACGUCAAAGGGAAUGCGUGGAGUUCAAAAAGGUUUCCCUUUAAAAUUAAACAUUGUUAAAAAGGAAGUUGUAGAGACAGAAUUUGAUGCCAAUGUCAUACAAAAAAUAAUACAAAAAAUGGAUUGGCCCACAGUGCUGGCGGUUGCUGACCAGGUCGGUUUAGCUGAAAAUAUACCCAAGGAAGUCAAUGAAGAUAUUUUAGGAAAUCAUGAAAUACUAAAAAAAAUACAUCAUUUGCUUUUGGAGAUUGACAUAGUAGAAGGUAACCUUCAGUGCCCUGAAACGGGUAGAUUAUUUCCAAUUAGUGAUGGUAUACCAAAUAUGUUAUUAAAUGAAGACGAAGUUUAGUGUUAAAAAAAUAUAGUUUUGUUUUAUUAACUAGUGUAAUAAAUUAGGACAGACGUGGACACUA